AGCGGUCCCAGGGAAGAGUGAAAACCCUUUGGCUUUGACAGCCGCCGCCACAAGUCUUUCCGCCUCCCCGGGCUGCCUGGGAGCUGAGAGCCGGAUUAUGGUGGCCUGAGCAGCACACGCAGCUGCGGGCGCCCCCGGAGCCCCCUGAGCCUUGCCCCGCCGCCCACCCAGGGGGAGGACCGAGAAGCCAGCGGCCGCCGACCUGCCAUGCCCGCCCCUCCCCGCCUCCCGCCGAGCCUGAGCCGUCCUCUCCCAGACCUCUGCUGAGGCUGGGCGCCGCUGGCCAGAUGUAGCCGGCUUCGGAUCCGUCUCCUCCUCUCUCCGUCUGCGGAUUUCUCCUGCCCGAUCCCCCCACACGGCGCCGGGGGGCCGGCCGAGGGGCCUGCAGGCUCUGGAGCCCCGAUGCCUCGCAGCUCCCUCUCCUGAGCAGCCACCACCAGCACCCGGAGUUGGGGGCAGGCAACAGAGCCGGACGUGGUCCCAGGGUGAGCCCAGAGGGCCCCAAAGGCCAGGCCCACCAUGGCCCAAACACUGCCCUGGCUCCUGCUGUGGAUGAGCUCGGGAAUGCUGCCUGCCCGCUGCACCCAGCCUGGCAUCCGGCUGCCCCUGCGAAGCGGGCUAGGGGGGGCCCCCCUGGGGCUGCGGCUGCCCCGGGAGACCGACGAGGAACAAGAGGAGCCGGGCCGGAGGGGCAGCUUUGUGGAGAUGGUGGACAACCUGAGGGGCAAGUCCGGUCAGGGCUACUACGUGGAGAUGACCGUGGGCAGCCCCCCACAGACGCUCAACAUCCUGGUGGACACGGGCAGCAGUAACUUUGCAGUGGGGGCUUCCCCCCACCCUUUCCUGCACCGCUACUACCAGAGGCAGCUGUCCAGCACGUACCGGGACCUCCGGAAGGGUGUGUAUGUGCCCUACACCCAGGGCAAGUGGGAGGGAGAGCUGGGCACCGACCUGGUGAGCAUCCCCCACGGCCCCAACGUCACUGUGCGUGCCAACAUCGCCGCCAUCACCGAAUCAGACAAGUUCUUCAUCAAUGGCUCCAACUGGGAGGGCAUCCUGGGGCUGGCCUAUGCUGAAAUUGCCAGGCCCGAUGACUCCCUGGAGCCGUUCUUUGACUCCCUGGUAAAGCAGACCCACGUUCCCAACCUCUUCUCCCUGCAGCUCUGCGGUGCCGGCUUUCCCCUCAACCAGUCAGAAGUGCUGGCCUCAGUUGGAGGGAGCAUGAUCAUUGGGGGUAUCGACCACUCACUGUACACGGGCAGCCUCUGGUACACACCCAUCCGGCGGGAGUGGUACUACGAGGUGAUCAUUGUGCGGGUGGAGAUCAACGGGCAGGAUCUGAAGAUGGACUGCAAGGAGUACAACUACGACAAGAGCAUCGUGGACAGUGGCACCACCAACCUUCGUUUGCCCAAGAAGGUGUUUGAAGCCGCCGUUAAAUCCAUCAAGGCAGCCUCCUCGACGGAGAAGUUUCCGGACGGGUUUUGGCUGGGGGAGCAGCUGGUGUGCUGGCAAGCAGGCACCACCCCUUGGAACAUUUUCCCAGUCAUCUCCCUCUACCUAAUGGGUGAGGUCACCAAUCAGUCCUUCCGCAUCACCAUCCUUCCACAGCAAUACCUGCGGCCAGUGGAAGACGUGGCCACGUCCCAAGACGACUGCUACAAGUUCGCCAUCUCACAGUCCUCCACGGGCACGGUCAUGGGAGCUGUGAUCAUGGAGGGCUUCUACGUGGUCUUUGAUCGGGCCCGGAAACGAAUUGGCUUUGCUGUCAGUGCUUGUCACGUGCAUGAUGAGUUCAGGACAGCAGCAGUGGAAGGCCCUUUCGUCACCCCAGACAUGGAAGACUGUGGCUACAACAUCCCACAGACAGAUGAAUCAACCCUCAUGACCAUAGCCUACGUCAUGGCUGCCAUCUGCGCCCUCUUCAUGCUGCCACUGUGCCUCAUGGUGUGCCAGUGGCGCUGCCUCCGCUGCCUGCGCCAUCAACACGAUGACUUUGCGGACGACAUCUCCCUGUUGAAGUGA